CCCAGAUCUAGUAGUGGGUGUGACUUGAAUGGAGUUGUUACCUAUCGCCUUUAUAUCGACACGCUAUUUCUGCUCUCUGCCAGUGGUUCGGGCUCAGAGUGCUAGAGAGAAUGACUCUACAAUGGGCAGCAGUGGCUCUUUUCCUCUAUGCUGAGAUAGCUUUCCUUCUCAUCCUCUGCCUGCCCCUCCUCUCUGCUCAGAGAUGGCACAAAAUAUUCAAGUGGAAUAUAUGGAGCAUGAUGUCACCUUACUGGAACAAAUUUUUCUUUGCCAUGAUAUUGAUCCUCAUUGUUCUUUUUCUUGAUGCCUUGAGAGAAGUCAGGAAGUAUUCAGCCGAGGAGGCCUCAAAAGAUUCCCAGCUGCAGCCCAACUUUUCAGACCAUGUGCACAUGAUGCUCUUCAGGGCCCAGAGGAAUCUGUACCUCUCUGGAUUCUCCCUCGUUCACUGGCUCAUCAUGCGCCGCAUCAUCACCCUGAUCCACCAGGUGGCUUUAGCCGAGGGCAGCGGAGCUGCGUUGCAGGCCCAGGCAGAGGGUGCCAACCAGGCCGGCAAGAAAUAUAUGGAGGAAAACCAGCAACUGAAAGAAACCCUGCAGAAAGAGAGCACAAAGUCUACUGGAGCUCAGCUGAUGAGACAGGAGGUGGAGAAUGCAAACAAAGACCUCAGAGCUGCUGAUGAUGCAUUGCGUAAGUCUCGUGUUGAAGUGGAGGCUCUGAAGAAACAAGCUCAGGGACUCACCAGAGAGUAUGAUCGACUGCUGACGGAACAUCACAUGCUACAGAACAAUCUUAACAAUGGAUCCGAAGGCAAAAAAGAUCAGUAGGCCCGGUGCCCAGGUUAAUCACAAACUUUGGCAAGUUAUUUUAUGUUACAACCCAACGUUCCUUUCAUUGAGUCCACCAUCUCCCUACAGUAAAGAAUCAUUGUGAUGUUUGAUUCUUUAUUGGUGGCAGCCCCUUAUACUGAGUUCAACCAUUAGCAGAGUAAUUGUCAAUGUGCUUCACGAAGUGAAUAAUGCUUUCAAAUCAGUGACUGUACUGAAGGGUAAUUAAUACAAAAAUUCAAUGUUUGAAGGCCUGUGGGUUCUGUCCUUUAGGUCCACAGCAACUAAUGAUCCUUUGAGGACUUUAUACAACAGAGAAAAGAACAACAAAGACAGGGGAAACUUCUUUUCAAGACUAUUGUAUUAAAAAUGGAAUUUCCACUAGGCACAAUGGUGGCUUAAUAUACUGUAAAAUGAAGUCAUUGAACAACAACUCACUGUAAUGGGCCAAGAAAAACAAACAAUGGAAUUUUCAUGUACACAGCGCAUGAGCAACACAAAGACAACUCCUGUGGCGUUAUACAGAAUGAAAACGAGGCAAGAAAAAGUAGAGAGAAAACAUACUUUAAAAUGCCCUGUAAAGCUAAUAUUUUCCCGUUUUGUGAAUGUCACACAUGUCGUAUAUA